AUGGAGAGAACCCGUGUUCUUUUCCCAUGUUCUAAUGAUGAAGAAGUGGAUUGUGAUGAGGAGUUCCUCAGACCACAGCCGUCGUCGUCAUCUUCACCUCCCUCAGGGCAGCGAAAUCUUCAUCAGCUUCCACCCUGUUUACCUUCCACUCCCCACUGUUACGAAUUUUUUCCAUGCAAACCUAACCUUAGAAGACGUCUGUCUCCCCGGUGCUUUUAUGGUGAAGAAGAGCAUCAAGAACUACUCAACCUUUCUCUUUCAUUAGGGCCGCCACAGACAUCAUCAUCGUCUAGCGUACCUUGUACUCAUCAAAAACUCUCUCUUAUGAACAGCCCUAACCCUAAAAAACGUCUGUUUUCCCAGAGCUUUGAUGGUGAAGAAGAACAUGAAGAAGUAAUCGACUUUUCUCUUUCAAUAGGGCGAGGGCCAUCAUCAUCGUCUGGCUUACCUUCUACUUAUAAAAAACGUCUGCUUUCCCGGAGCUUUGAUGGUGAAGAAGACCAUGAAGAACUAGUCGACCUUUCUCUUUCACUAGGGCGAGGGCCAUCAUCAUCGUCUGGCUUACCUUCUACUUAUCAAAAACGUCUGUUUUCCCUGAGCUUUGAUGGUGAAGAAGACCAUGAAAAACUACUCAACCUUUCUAUUUCAUUAGGGCCCGGGCCAUCAUCAAGACCAGAGUCAUCAUCAUCGUUUGGCUUACCUUCUACUCAUCACGAACGUCCUUUUAUGGACAUUAACCGUAACCCAGUCCGUGAAGAAGCGAGUACUGGCGCCGAACAUCGUCGACCUCGUCCCCGUUCUAGAAAAAACCCGUUUCAGAAUCCCAAAGCAGGGAAAAAUGAAACCAUAGAUGCACCAUAUCCAUGGGCUACCACUCGACGUGCCACGGUGCAUGAUCUUAAUUAUCUCCUGUCUCAUGGCAUUAGCAUGAUCAGCGGUGAUGUCGAAUGCAAAUCAUGCCAAGAAACUCACAAGAUCCAAUACAACUUGAGAGGAAAGUUCAAGGAGAUUAAAGACUUUAUAUCAGCCGAAAAGUUUGCGAUGCAUGAUCGAGCACCCUCUGCUUGGAUGGAUCCGACGCUCGAUAGUUGCAAGACCUGUGGGAGCGCUCUGAAGCCAGUUAUUCCCAAGAAAAGGGCAAUCAACUGGCUGUUUCUGCUGCUGGGAAAUAUGCUAGGGUGCUGCAAGCUCUCGGACCUGAAAUACUUCUGCAAGCAUACCAAGAAUCAUAGGACGGGAGCCAAGGAUCGAGUUCUUUAUCUUACUUACCUAGGAUUAUGCAAACAACUAGAUCCCCAUGGACCUUUCGAUGUUUAA